AUGACAGUGGAGGAUUGCCGGACUGAGCUUGAUGAAGACAAAUACGAAGCAUUGAAAAGAUAUCGCACCGGGGUUGAAAGCUCCCUUGCAAAAGCCGAUCUACUUAAGUCAAUGGACAUGACUGUUCUGCAAGCCUUUGUCAUAUACAUCGCUUGCAGCAAGCAUUAUAACAAAGGGCCAGAUAUUAGGAAAUUUCUUGGGAAUGCCAUUGGAAUUGCCCUCAAGAUCGGCCUUCACCGCGAUGCAUCCGCUUCAGGACUACCACCCUUCCAAGUCGAAAUGCGGCGUCGACUCUGGUGGCAGAUCUAUAUUCUCGAUAUCAAUAUCGCAGAGGACUACGGCACAAACCCGCGUAUUCUGGAGUCAUGGUUCGACACAAGACUCCCUUCGAAUGUGAACGAUGCAAGUCUUGACUCCGAUAUGAAGGACCCACCUCGAAAUAGCAGCGGUAAAACAGAUAUAGUGUUGAGCCUCACAAGGUCUGAGAUCAGCAAUUUUGCCCGCCGGACUAUCUUCUCUGAUCAGUUUUGCGAAGAGAACUGCUACCCGGUUUUAUCAGCUUCCCAGAAAUUCAUCACGAUAGAUCUCUUCAAAGAGAAAAUCGAACAGCAAUAUUUAUCGCAUCUAGAUCAAAGUAUUGCGAUAGACUACUUUACAGCUGCCUCCAGCAAUCUGAUACUCGCAAAGCUUAAACUGGCAGUGAUCAAGCCCCGAGCGAGAAACGAUCAGUCUAUGCUCACGCAUGUGAACUUCCGAAAGGUUUGCAUAGAGAUUCUGCAGACAACUGCGGCUUUACGACGUCAUGAAAAGGGCACACAGUGGCUCUGGACUUUCCAAAAUCACAUCGAGUGGGAUGCCUUGACAUGUCUGCUCAUCAAUCUUUCUCUGGCUCCAAAAGGGGAGGAGUUGGAUUCGGCAUGGCAAGCGGUCAAUGAAACAUACGAUUGCUUGGAGAUGGACGGUGAUGCCCACCGUGAUCACCGCUGGGAAGAUAUUGAGGAACUCCGCACGAAGGCUCUGUUUUCUCGGGACAUGAUACAGAUCAAUCCAUCCCAAUGGGGGUCAUCACCAGAUGAUGACAGCGGCUUUGAAAGUUCACACACCAUGGCUACAGAAUCACUACAACAGCCUGGUCUGGGAACAUUGAAGCGCCAGAGGGAAGAGGAUAGUGGUUCUUCUCGUUCUUCCCUAGGCGAGCUGGAACCAAGAGCCCCGAACCGUCGUUCUGAGGUGUCGACUAUUCAAUCAGAAGCCCAAGAACAGCUUCCCCGUAUGUGGGCGUUGGCGAAUGCGGCCGCUGCUGCUCCGACAGCUAUCGAUAGUUCAUCCCAAGUGGAACCAGCCAGUGAACCUAUAGACAUACCGAGCUCAGGCACUGGCUGCCAGUGGAGUGCGACUCUCUUCGAGCGAUACUUUCAGGUUCUGGGCUCCGAGCAAACAUCACCGUUAUAA